AUGUCGUCUUCAUUUGACGGAAACUGCUCCUCGUAUUGGUCGUAUUCACCAUAUCCAUAUUGUAGUAGCUAUGACACUUCAUCAUCAAAUUCAUCAUAUUUUGAGUCACCCAUAUCUUCAUCGUCACCGCGCAUGAUGAUGUUUCCUUUAUAUGAUCAACAACAAUACUGCUACUACUCUGAGCCAGCAGUGCCUUAUCAUCAAUACGCACCACCUUCACCACUAAUCGUUUCACCAGUACAAAAUGUUUAUGUGCCAUCGUCGUCGCCACCCAUGCCUCGUACAUCAGCAAAUGCACCGAAUCGCUUGCAGUACACGCUUCGCCAACGCUGGUUGUUAAAUGAAGUGUUUGAAUAUGUACCUUAUCCGAACAGCAUUCAAAAGAAUGUCAUUGCUGAUCGUAUAGGAGCAUCACGUGAACAGAUUCGGAUUUGGUUUCAAAAUCGUCGACGAAUAGCUGUACAAGGACAUCGUUCAUCGUCUCGCCGUAACAAUCCAGUACCUAUCGAUAAUAGCACCACAAUUCAAAGGGAAUUAGAAGAUAUUUUAAAGGACCUUGAUCUACAUAAAAAUGCACCUCAACGAAUGCCAAUCGGUCAAGGCAGUUCAUGUCGACGUGUUCGCUCUGUAAAAAAAUAA